AUGAUACGCACUUUAAUUGAAAAUGUAGAAACAUUUGAGACUGUUGUGGGUGAUUUCCAGUCAAAAAUAACUUUGCAGUUCUGUGGUGCCAGAUUUCGGUUGCAAAGUUUGGCUGAAACCAUGUCGACGCCAAAAACGCCAAACUCCAAGCCUUGCUCUUUCGAUGUUGGGCAUAUGGUCUGGGCUAAAGUUAAAGGCUAUCCAUAUUGGCCAGGACUAAUUGCCGAGACUCCGACUGAAGCUGAUAAUGCUUAUGGUAAACGUCCGAAAAAUGGCGUUCUUGUCUUUUUCCCGGACUCUAACUCAAGUGGAUGGGCGACCCCCGAUAAUGUCAAAGACUAUAUUGAGUAUCGAAGCACGUAUGUCUCUGCUAAGAGCACCGCCAAGUAUAAGAAGGCCGUGGCCCAGGCUGACGAAAAGCUCGCCAACAAGAAUGGGCCUUCAUUUGAGCUACCCUCAACUCCAAAGACCCCGAGCGUAAAGGCCGAGCCAAGCACUCCUCAAACCGAUAAGGCUGUAUUUAAGGCUAAAAAGGCCCCGGCUGCUUCGACUCCGACUAGUGUUCAGCGAGACUAUAGCCGAACUCCUUUUAAGAAGGAAAAGCGAAGCUUUGAAAGCACUCUCUCUUCGGCCGAAGUCUCUAGCAGCGAGCCGCGCCGAAAGAGUGCUUCUUCGGAUGUAGCGGAAAACAAACGAGUUAAAGUGGAAUCACCGGCUCAAUCCGCAAAGAAACGAGCCAAUUCCUCGCCUUCCAAAUCAGGCGGUGAGGUUAAAUCGGAGGAUGACGAAUUAAAUGACAGCUCAUUGCGUGUCAUUGAAGAUAAGCGCGAGAAAGCUAAGGCUCGUACCAGCAAGCAGACUGCGAAGUGCCCCGAAGUCAAGUACGGCUUUAUUGGUCUCGGUACUAUUGGCCAGCAAGUCCUUAAGCACAUGAUGACAUUUGGCAACCCUUGUACCAUCUGGAACCGAACUCCGUCAAAAUGCAAAGAGUUUGAGCGCAUGGGAGCCAUAGUGGUCAAGACUCCUGGUGACGUUGUGCGAGAGUCCGACAUCACAUUCUGCUGCUUAUCCGAUGCUGAUGCUUCUUCAAAGAUCUUUUAUGGCAACUGUGGCGUCGUGAACGAAAUUAAUUCUUCUAAGGCAUACGUUGAGUUGACCUCACUGGACCGCGGUACUUCAUUGGACAUUGAGCAUGGCAUCAAGCAGAAUGGUGGCCGCUAUCUUGAGGCUCCGCUCAUUUGCACUUCUUCAAAAUCUGUCGAAGAAGGCAAAUGUACGUCGGUAAUUGCUGGCGACAAAUCGCUCUUUGACGAAUGCGCUCCCGCUUUUGAGAAACUGUGCUCCCAUGUGUUCUACGUUGGCGAGACAAUUGGACAAGCCUCCCAGAUGAAUGUCAUCAUUGCUACACUUAACGGCAACAUCUUGGGCUCGCUACUUGAAUCGGUCAGCAUCGCCGAGCGAAUGGGCAUCGAUCCAAAGGACAUUGUGGACAUCAUCGCCAGCUCGCCCGUUACCAAUUCCAUUAUUCAGAAUAAGGCUGCUGCCCUUCGAGACUCAACUCUUCUUCGCGAGAUUCCCAUCGAUCACAUCCGUCGCGACUUGACCUACGCUCUGCAGAUUGCCAAUCUGGACGGCUAUUCUACGCCAAUUACUGCUGCCACCAAUGAGAUGUUCAAGCAGAAGAAGCAUCUUUAUUAUUAA